AUGAAUCUCGUCCAGUACUCCGACUCUGAAGGCUCCGAUGCCGAGGCACCUCCUCCUCCCCCCGCUGCGCCCAAGCAAAACAAAAACUUCCAAAAAGUCAACCCGCACAAGAUCCGCGUCAACCUGCCCGCCCCGACCGACGAUGCCGCGACAGACGCCCCACCCGCAAAGAAGGCGCGCACCGGCGGCGGAGCCUUCAGCGGCUUCAACGCCUUCCUGCCCGCCCCGAAACGCUCCGCCGACGACGCAGCCAAGAAAGAACGAGGCACCGGCUUGGGGAAGGGAGUCAACCUAAAGACGGGCGCGGCCCCAGGAUUCAGCAGGGACGUCGUCGCGGAAACUGGCCAUGAGCAACAAGCAGAGCUGUCUAGGGCUCCGGAACAGGCGCCGCAGCAGCAGCAGCAGCAGCCGAAAGAGGAGGUGAAGCUCGUGGGGAAGACGACGCGCUUCAUGCCUUUGUCGGUCGCGAACAAGGCCAAGAAGAAGAAGAAGACGCCCGCCGCCGUCCUCAUGGCCAACAAGGGCGCCGCAGCUUCUCCCGCCCCAACCCCGGCCGCAAGCGCAGCAGGCGCUCCAGCGCCAGCCCCGCCCAAGCCCAAGGUGUCGCUGUUCUCGCUGUCAACCGAGGACGCCGUCCCAGCAGCAAGCACGUCGGGCGGCGACUACAAGCCCAUGCUGUACACCAGCACGCAGCAAACGCGCACCGACCAAGCCAGCGACGACACAGCAACGCCAUAUCAAAACCACAGCAGCAGCAGCGGCCCACAGUCCCUCGACGCAGUGGCCGCAGACCUCAACCUCUCCAAAGCAGACAAGCGGCAGCUAUUCGGGCGGCAGCGGGGGAACCAAAGCAGCAGCGGGGCGGGCAUGUCGGCCAUCAACAUUGUCAACUUCAACACGGACGAGGAGUACGCGGCCAACGAGGCGCUGCGCGCGUCGGGCGAGACGGUGCAACAUAACCCGCUCAAGUCGAUUGCGCCGGGCAAGCACAGCCUGAAGCAGCUGGUCAAUGCGGCCGCGACGCAGAAGGACGCCCUCGAGGAGCACUUUGCUACCGGCAAGCGGAACAAGAAGGAGGCUGGCAGUAAGUAUGGCUGGUAG